AUGUCGUUCAAAUUGUCCUCCCUGCUUAACCCUGCGCCGUCGCCUUCACCUAUUUCUCAGCCUUCGCAUAUCGGCUCUAGCCAGCCUUGGAACGUGUCGACGCCUCACGAUCCAAAUCCACCUCCCGAGCCGCCUUUGCUUUCCAGCACAUCGCAGUCGCCGUCGCCGUCGCCGUCGCAUGCUCAUAUCUCAGGCCACGGCGAGUAUGAUGGCGCAUGGAAGUCUGCGCACGCGCAGGCGCAAGCAACGUCGUCCUCGCAUCAUGCCGCCUCCGCAACAGGCACGGUCCCUGACUGCGCAACCGACCAUUCGUCUGCACCGAUGCGACCGCAACAGUCCAAGUCCCCAACGCUGCCUGCCAUCGUGGGGCUUCCUAAACCUACAGGCCCGGCGGCGACGCGCAGAGAAAGUUACACGGCACUCCCGCCGUGGCUUCCUGACGGCGCGGUAAAUACAACCCUCCCGUUGCCCGCGAACGGGAUUGAGCAGCACGACGGCUUCUGGGCGUCCAGUUCGCCUGGGGAGCAACGACGGCAAAGCCUACCCGCAUUGCAUGCCCUCGUUGGUGCUGGACAUGUCGUGGGCGCGGAGGCGAACCGCCAGGCUUCUGGUGAGGGCACGACAGCACCGAUCCGCCUUGCUCCACUCCGGGACCGGCGGCGGUUCGGGGCCCACAACUCGACUGGGCACUCCGAGCCCACUAGCGCGCCGCCACAGGGCCGGGAUGCGAACGCGUUCCUGGCUCCAUCAUCAUCAUCAUCAUUGUCUUUUUCCUCGUCGACGUCUUUGCACGACAAGUUCGAGACGCCAUUUGACUCGUCGCAACCGCAUCCCCGCCAUCAUCGCCCAUCAUCGCCGACGCUGUCAUCGCUACUGCCUCGCUCUCCCACGGGCGCAACAAGAGUGUUGCACGAGAUGAGCGGCCAAGCCGAAGGCGAAGCGAUCGAGCAGUCGGCGCCAGAUCAGAUACGUGAGCCAGACGUCGCGGGCACAGACGCCAAAAUGACGCACCAGGCUCCGGAGCCUGAGACGACGAUCAAGGACGAGCUUGCGGGUGCGUCGAUGGACGGCACGCCUGUGAAGGAACGCCGCGCAUCCACGCACGGCGAAAGCGAACCGCUGGACGAGGACACUUUGAAGGCGAUCGAAGCUGCAAAGAAUGACUUUGGACUCAGGGCUGGAAGGCCGAAGGCGCAGCCAAGUAUCGAGGAGCCACUGUCAAGCACCACAUCGCCUGCCCCUCCUCAUGCGGAUGGAGAUGCGAAGAGCAAGAAGAGGCCGGCGCCGAAAGUUAAGAAGGGCCAGGCGACAGUCAAGAAGCCACCGGCAAAGAAAAGAAAAGUGGACGAUGCGUCGUCGACCACUGGACGGCGUUCGUUGUCUCCAGGACGAGCUGUAAAGUCAACCGCCCAGCGGUCGGCUAGCGGUAAAAAGUCUACCUCUAACACCCCGGCUCUGGGCUCCUCGCCCGCACCAGGAUCCGUCAUUUCGCAAGACGAGUCCGCCGCCUAUGCUUCUGACGGCGGCUCUUCGUCCGAAGGCAACGAGAAUGAGGUCUUCUGCAUCUGCCGCAAGGGUGACAAUCACACGUGGAUGAUUGCAUGCGACGGUGGGUGUGAGGACUGGUUCCACGGCAAGUGCGUCAACAUUCUCGAGGACGAUGGCGAGCUCAUCGACAAAUACAUCUGUCCCAACUGCGAGGAGAAGCUGGGCAAAGUCACCACGUGGUUGCCGGCGUGCAGAAAUCGCGGGUGCAGGCGGCCCGCGAGGAUACGAGGACGCGACAUGAGCAAGUACUGCUCCGACAAGUGUGGGCGGGAGUUCAUGCAGGGCGAGCUCAAGCGGAGCGAGGCCGAGAGGAGGAGGAGAGCUGCAAAGGAAGGGAACAGCCCCCGGAAUAGAAGAAUGAAGGUCUUGCUCGACGAUACGGAAAACUCGGACGACGACCUAGGGCCUCGAGGUAGCUCCCUCAAGGCCAGCGAGCUCAAGGCCCUUGUCGAGUCGACGUCUGGCGACGUGGCUGCUUUCCGUAGCCUUGGAGCUGGCGUCCUAUCCCCGCCCGCGACAGUCUCUCCAACCACAGAGCGAUUCCCGACAACCCUAGCUACGACUCCGGCAGAUCUGAACGCAUCCGAAAAGGCCAGAAUCGAAGCCAUCAGCGCAGAAAAGGACGAGCUGCGCCGCAGACGGGCUUUGCUCAAGGACCGCGAGAAGUUCGGGCAGAUGAUCCGUGAAAACGUAGCACGGUACGCGGAACAGGAGAAAAUCAAGCCCAAGGACGUGUGUGGCUACGACAGUCGCCUGACGUGGGGCGAGGAGGAGUUCAGCAUGUGGCGCGAAAGCGAGGAGGGCGCCGCGGCUCUCGAGUCAGGCACUUUGCCACUGCCCGAGCCCAAGGACAAGCCUGUCGAGACAAACGGCGUAGACAAGAUGGAUGUCGAUGAUCCGCCCGCUGCCCCGUCUGCGACAAUGUGCACAAAGAGGCGGUGCGAGCGCCACAGGCUGUGGCAGAAACAGGCUCUUGCCGACGUGAGGUUUGAGGAAAGUACGCUCGCGGACCAGAUGCGCGCGCUCGAGGCAGAGGAGAGGGAGAUACGGGAUGCGGCGGCGCUGAGAGGGCGGAUGGAGGCCGGGGGGAUGAACGGCGAAGGCAUCGUCGAGGUUGUGGGACCUUGAUCUCUUUCACGUCGUCGACGGAGCGAUAUAACAUUCGGACUUGGGAUGGGACUCACGUAUAUGAGCAGCACGUCUACGGCUGUCUCCGUGCAUAACUAAAUACUGUGAAAAACUUGGCAAAAUGUGAAAUUAUCAAAUCGGGCAAGUUUUUCUUCGUCUCAACGAUUCAAGUUUGUGUAUACACACACACACACACACACAUCGAACUUCUCUCUACCCUCUGAACACGAUUAAGAAUUAUUGGAAUGAGGCGUAUUAUCU